GUCCCAUUGUGUGGCGCGCCGGGCUGAAGACAGUAGGAGAAGAAGGGUCGCUAGUUCCCCACAGCUCCCAUUCCGCAGCCCGGCGUAGGAUGCGCUCUCCUGGUUGCAAAGUGCCCUGACAUUUCCACGGGAAACCAGUGUAGUUUCCUGGAGGGAUUUUCAAGGUCAUUUAUGAUUUCAUCAUGCAGCAUAAAAGAGACCAUCAUCACAACUGACGUUUCUGUAGUGCUAUAAAGCCUCUUUUUUUAAACAUUACACCCCAUAACUCACAACAGGACUAUGGGGAUGAAGAUGAAAUCUUGCCCUAUCUACAUCCCUACUGAGGUCAGCAACACAAUCUGGGACUCCUGUUUCCACAUGGAAAAGGAAACCAGAACAUUGGUUGCUGAGCAGAGGAGUGAAUCAAAUCCUAGUGAUGAAUUUGGAGAUAGUGAAGACAAAGAAAAUGAAACUGACAAGGUAGCAAGGAAUGCAGAUUAUAUGUCUGUUCCGAAGGAGAAAUUAAACAAGUCACAGAGAAAAGCUGAGUCUCUGAUUAAGGCAAAAAAGAACUGCCAGGCAAACCAGGAACUGAUUCGCUGUGUUACAUUUUCCCGAAUUGUUUUUGGAACAGAACACUGGAGAUAUGCCCAAGCAUUAACCAACCUGGCUUAUGGAUAUCUGACUCUGAGAGAACUCCCUGUUCAGGCCAAGCAACAUGCUGAGUCUGCAAAGAAUUCCCUACUGACCUGGAAGGGCUCAGCAAUCUCAGAUUUGGAUAAGAAAGAGAUCCUUGGCACAUUGGUGACAUUAUACUAUACUUUGGGAAUGUCGGACCUUAUGCAGAACCAUGGUAAGGAAGCUUAUUACAAUCUUCAGAAAUCUGAGAAGAGCAUGGAGGAACUGUGGGAAUGUCAUGAUGGAGCCACAGUUAGAGAUUUAAAAGUCUCUGAGAAAGAUCUUAUAAUUGCUUUGGGCAGGGCUGCUUUGCAACUUCACCGAUUGAACUUGUCUGUGAAUUACUUUGAAAAAGCAAUCACCCAUGUUAUCUCAUCCAAGGGUGAUUCCGCAUCAGAACUGAUCAGCCUGUAUCAGGAAGCUGCACAGGUUGAACAGCUCAGGAAAAACCAUGACCGAGCUAUAGAACACUUGCUGCAGGCUCAUUCUAUCUGCGUGGCUUCUUACAAAGAACUCAGUGCUGAAGCUGCUAAGACAGGGUUCUUGCUAGCUAAAGCUUAUGCCACAUCUGGAGAACCACAACACAGGGAUGCUGCUGAACUAUAUUUUACAAGCAGUCUCAAGGCAUACCAAGCUGCACUGGGCCCAGAUAAUUAUCACACAAUGUGUGCCACUGAGGAAUUCAGCAAAUGGCUUCUCCAAAUUGGAGAAAAACAGGAGGCUUAUAAACUUCUGAAGAACUCACUGAAGUCCCAAUUGAUGAGCUAUGGUGACUAUAGUGAGAAAGUGGCGGAAACUUUCUAUAUUCUGGGCAGCAUCUGCCUAGCCAAGGGAGAAAUAAGAAAGACCACCCAACUGCUAAAAAAGUGUUUGGAAAUUCAAAUACUUAUUUAUGGAACAGAUCACAAAAAAACCAGAGAGACACAAAAACUGUUGACCUUGCUACAGAGGCUGAAGAUGACGUCUUUGAGGAAUACAAGUAGCACUUUUCAUGGUAUCAGUCCAGUUCCUAGCAGGUCUUCUGGUAUCAUUGAAAGGGAAAAUAGACAAGAAAGACAGAAAUAAAUCAAAUUUUGUUGAUAACUUCUGGGUCUCAUGCUCUGUAUAACAAUAGUUGAUAUCAUAGGAGAAAGACAUUGGAUUCUAUUAAGCACUCCAUGGAAAACCUUUUCUUCAAAGCAUCAAAGAAUGUUGUCUUUAAAAUAUCUGCUACAUACUAUCUGCCUGAUCUCUUUAACUUGAUGAAGCAAAAUUUUGGACUUUUAUGUGUACCUUAUUUGAAAUUAUUUUUCCCUGGGUACUUGUUUCUUCUGUUAUGCUUUUUGUUGUUGGUAUCUGAGGUGUUUAUUGUAAAUAUUUGUAUGUACUAUUGACGAGACAUUUUAUAAUGCCAUGACUUAAUGAUCAUAAAAAUAAAAUACCUUCAUUUUG